CACUGUGGAAUCUAUCAGGAGCCGAAACUUUAGUCAGGUUUUGCUGGUCACCCGAAAAGCUAUUUCAAACGGCAACCGCUCAAUAAUAUCUCUAUAAAGGACAUAUCAGCGGUUGGAUCGACUGAAUGAAACCAUGAGGAAUAAAAAAUACGGCGGUUGUCGCGCUCUAAACUAACGUGGCUAUCGAUCCAGCAGAGCCAAGAUUUUGAAAACGCCGAGCCAGGUACUUCGGCGCAGACUUUCAACGGUCGGUUUUUCCUGCGGGUUUACCUGUGCUUACGUGGCACUUUUUUGACCUGGAGACUUAUUUUAAAAAAUCUAAUUUUUAGGCUUUUUAUCCACUUUUGUCGUGGCGAUGCGACGUAUUUUUAGAGGUUUUGUAAGUUGCGUGGCCGGGACUAGUUUACUUGCGCCAGUCAGCCAAUCAGCGGAAUAACACUCACUAUUUUUGCUUUAAUUCAUCCACUUUUGCCUUAUUCACACGAUAGCCUUCAAAAACAGCCUCGUACUGCACCCUUCAGAUACUGACAGCGGGUUUCGAGGCGAGCUUUCAUAAGGAGGACUGCGCGUGUGGUAAAAUGGAUGCGGGAAUGGAAAAAGAGUGCAGCGCUUUGGGAGGGCUCUUCCAAAUCAUCAUGAAUGAUAUGAAGGCGAGUUAUCCUACCUGGGAGGACUUUGUCACCAAAGGGGCUAAGCUACAAUCUCAGUUAAGGACAACAAUCAUGGUCACUAGCUCAUUCCUGGAUGCUUUUCAGAAAGUGGCUGACAUUGCAACUGGAACACGAGGAGCGACGAAAGAGAUUGGAUCCGCUUUGACCAGGAUGUGUAUGAGACACAGAAGCAUUGAGAACAAGCUCAAACUGUUCACCACGGCUCUCAUGGAUAACUUGAUCACUCCUCUGGAACUGAAAAUUGAAGAGUGGAAAAAGGUUGGCAGUCAGCUGGAUAAAGACCAUGCCAAAGAAUAUAAGAAAGCACGAGCAGAGAUCAAGAAGAAAUCUUCAGAUACGAUUAAACUGCAGAAGAAGGUUAAAAAAGGUAAAGACGAGGUGCGGAUGCAGCUGGACAGCGCUCUUCAGGACGUCAACACACGCUACGCAGUUCUAGAAGAGACUGAGAAGAGAGCCGUGUGUCGAGCACUUGUCGAGGAAAGAGGAAGAUUCUGCUCAUUCGUCACAAUGCUCAAACCUGUCCUGGAUGAAGAGAUAAGCAUGCUUGGUGAAGUCACCCACUUACAGACAAUUCUAGAAGAUCUUGGCAACCUGACGGCUGAUCCCAACACACUGCCUCCUGCUAGCGAACAGGUUAUUCUUGAUCUGAAAGGCUCCGACUACAGCUACUCCUAUCAGACUCCACCUGCGUCUCCUAGCAACACGUUAUCACGCAAGAGCAGCAUCAGCAGUAACUACACCUCUGUGCGUCAUGUCCCAUCUCUGGACUCCAUCUCCAGUGCAGUAGAUGGGCUUCAUCUGAGAGCACCAGAAGCAACACAGCGCUCACGCAGUCCUCUCCUCCUGGUCGGAGGGGAGGAAAGUGCUCGCUCUCUCAGUGAGGGGAAUUCUCCCACAAUCCCUCGCACGGGCCACCGUGGCCAACACCUCCGGCACAGGAGCACUGAGAAAGGCACAGAGAACGGGACCUCCAUGCCCCCACUGCUUAAAGCUUACAGCGGGCAUGAGGAGAGAGCCAGGACACUGUCCAUCUCGGACAAGCCACAGUCAGCCAGGGAGCAGCUGGCUCUUACUCUUGGAGGCGGGUUUAAUUCAGAAGCUCCUCGGACCAGCCGAGAUUCCCUCCACUGCUCCAGCGGAUACAGCACCCAGACGACCACACCGUCGUGCUCAGAAGACACCAUUCCCUCGCAGCACGUGGUAAAGAAAGAACCUCCUCUUUAUGACUAUGACUACAUCUCACUGCAUGGAGGAGAGGACGCCCACAGCCAGUCUGAAUUUGAUAGAUCUUCCACGAUUCCUCGCAACAGCGACUUGAGUCUCAAUUACCGCAAGAUGUUUCAAAGUAAGAGGCCGGCUUCUACCGUUAGCCUGUUGAUGGAUCCGGAGCCUAUAGGACCCCACACAGCCACCAUCCGCCGUAAACCUUCCAGCAAGCCCAACAUCCGCCGUGGGACCAUCAGUGGAGGAGUGCCUAUCCCCAUCUCCACACCACAGGUGCCGAUGAAGGCGUCCGUUUCCACCGCCGGCCUAAGCGGCAGUGAGGAGACCAUGUGCCCUCCUGGGGUGACGCAGAGUAACAGGGUACCUGGCUCUGAUCUGGCUCACACCAGACAUAACCUCUGUACGUCCACUCAGAGUCUGAGUGCAAUGCCGCCUCCAUACUAUUCCAUGUUCCCUGGACAGCCACCAGUGGGUGGCACAGAGCCGCUGUAUCAAAUGAGCAAGCAACAGCAGUAUGCACUGCACCAACAGCAGCAGAGGCAAUAUCAUCAUCAUCAAAAACAACAACAGCUGCAACAACAAUAUAAUCAGCAGCAAUAUAAUCACCGACAGCAGUAUAACCAAGCGCAGGAGCCGCAAUAUCAACAGAUAAAUCAAAAAGAGCUCCAGCAGAAACUCGAACGGCAGCAACAUCAAAAUCAGCAGCAGAUUCAAAUCAUGGCAGCUCACAGUUCCAGCUUGCCCACUGAAAGCGGGAAGAUCAAUUCUGCUCAGCCUGGUGUGGAUCAUGUCGACGGCGUUCCUGAUCCAGGCAGCGGAGGUGACAUGUUGAGUAUGAUCCGAAGAGGAGUCAAACUACGUCGGACACUAACCAAUGACCGUUCGGCUCCUUUAAUCACCCCCAACCAUCUCAACUGAUUUCAUUUUUCUUUGAAUUCAUCUGUGACUUUUUACAGUUGCCUUUGGCUCCUUUUCGUUUAGCAACUUUUUCAUGCCUUUUAUUGUUGAGGUUUGCAUUUUUUUGUUGUUGUUGUUGUUGUUUUUAAGUGGAGGCACUGUUGACUAACGUGCGACUCCUGCCACAUGAAAAGAUGUUCGAUUUAACUACACUGUGCGCGAAGAGUAACUGUUUAGCAGUGUCUAUGCGAAGGUUGCGAAUUAAUUCCGCAGGCUGUGUGCUUUAUAAAUAUAUGUAAACCUAUAUAUACAGAUAUAUAUGUCUUUAGAGAUCUAGAUUGAGCAUCGGAGCUUAAGAUAUAUUCAAAUUAUUUGUUUAUGUCGUAUUCGCAAGGAUAAAGCACUCAGCCUUCUGGUUAGAGAUCAAAAACUUCUGUAUAUAUUAGCGAAACAAUUGAAAGACUGUUGUAUUAUUAUUAAUUUAGUUUUCUUGUCUGUUUUCAAAAUUAGAUAAAGCAGCACUAGGCAUCUAUUUUUGUACAGUUUAGGGUAACAGAAAACUGCCCCACUGCCUUUAAUCCACCCAAUGACUGGAUGCGAAUGCAGCCAAUGAGAGGAAUGGAGGAAGGGAAGGAACAAUGUGAUUGGGUGGAUGAAUGAAGGACUGGAAUAGUGGAUCAUAUUUGUGUUGCUUAUGACUGUGAGAGCUUACAAAGGCAUCACUGUGGUUAUUUAUUCAACCUGUUUGAUUCUGAAUCAAUUUUAAUCAUUUGGUUACCAAAGCUUUGAUGCUGUAGCC